UUAAGUUGAUUGAACUUUUUUUAAUAAAUGGUCUGGAUUUAUAAUGUUAAUGUACAUUUAAUUUGUUUUUGCAAUGCAGGCUGAACUUUAAUACUACGUUUUAUUUGAAGUAUAAAAUACAGAUAAGACUGGAAAAGUCGUGUUGACCUAUAAAGUCCAAAGUUUGGCCAUAAACCAACAGACAAUAUAUACCUCUUUUCUCAAUGAAACUUUACUCUCUUGCCUCAGGUAGAGUCGAUUCGGCACAGCUAGAAGUGUGAAAUGGCUCAACAUGAAUACAAAAAACUUAGUGACAAAUUCUUCACAUACAAAGGAAUGGUGUUUCCAAUAGAUGAAACAUAUGUUGUUACCACAGAUUUUAUUGACAGCUUGAAGGAGUUCAAAAUAAGGGAUGAUGAUCUCUAUCUUGUUACCUUUCCAAAAUCCGGUACGGUAUGGACCCAACGGAUACUUACUUUAAUAUUUGAGGAAGACUUUCCAGACAAAGCAAAUGAAACCACAUACGAGCUGGUGCCCUGGCUGGAGUUUCCGGAAAAAGGCAAAGAUUACGAGUCCCGUCCGUCUCCAAGACUCUAUUCUUCUCAUUUGCACGAGCACAUGGUGCCUAAUGAGUUGCAAGAUAAAGGAAAAAUCAUCUACGUCAUGAGAAACCCAAAAGAUGUCAUGGUGUCUUACUUCCAUUUUGCAAAAAAGAUGAAGAGCCUGGAACCUUUAGAGAGCUACGAUGAAUUGCUGGAUAAGUUUUUCACAGGAUGGAUGGUCGGUGGAUGUUGGUUUGACCACAUCAGAGGAUGGAUCUCAAAUAAAGACAAAUACAACAUCUUGUUCUUGACUUAUGAAGAGAUGAUCAAGGACCUCAGAUCUGCCGUUGUAAAAAUCUGUAAGUUUGUGGGGAAGAAUCUGUCAGACGCAGCGAUCAAUAAAGUGGUAGAAAAAGCAACUUUCAACAACAUGAAGAAAGACCCCAAAGCCAACUACGAAUUCCUGGAUAAGAACGUCACAGACCAACCAAAAGCACUAUUUGUGCGCAAAGGAACAAUUGGGGACUGGAAGAACUCAUUAACCGUAGCUCAAAGUGAACGCUUCGACCAGGUUUUCCAUGACAGAAUGAAAGACCUUCAUCUUGACUUUAACUGGGACCUACAUGGCUGAAAUUAUUUAUAAAUCAUUAAUAAAAUGAGAUUUAGUGCAGCCCGUUGUGACCAACGUGUGACUGCAUGUGUUAGUUAUACAUCCAUACAUCUAUAAGAUACUGUAUAGUAUGGAAAACAUUGAAAUUUACUAAAUAAAAUGUUUAGAUUUUUAUCUUGUAGUGUGAAAAAAACUGAAUUGUAUUUCUAAAAUGAGUGUGAAACAUACAGUACGCCACCAAUCAGUUUUACUGAAUGAUUACUCACAAAAUAUGUACGAAUUCCCGUGAGAUCAGGCUGAUGGUUCAGUUUCUUAAUUUUUACAUUUUGACUUUCAUCAUUUGCAAUGUUUCUAGUUGCAUCUUUAAUGUUUUGCUACUAUUUACUAUGUCUUGUCAAAAGAAGUAAAGGUUUUUGCCAAAAAAGCUUGCAUGCACUUAGGAGGCGUGUACACUAAGGUGUUUUGGCCUGCGGCCGCCAUAUUACAUUUGUUUUUACA